AGAUAGAUACGUACGCACGUACGUACAUAUAGAUAUAGAUUGCUAAGCAAUUACGCGUAGCGCGGGAAAUAUUUGAAAGUGGGAGACCGGCUCGAGGAGUCACGUGACCGGUGACGUAAUGCGCAAAUGUCGCUGCGCGAUAUGAUCGCACGCGAGAAGCGAGCGGCCCGGUAGACAGGCAGGCAGGCAAGUAAGCAGGCAAGUAAGCAAGCAAGCAGGCACCAGGCAGGCAGGCAUCCCUUCGUUGCCGUGUCUCGGCUGAAAACUCGUCGGUCUGCAUUCCAGUGUCGCGGACGUUGCGCCGGACGCCAAGCGGACGUCGCGGCGAAGCAGCCGAGACACGAGAGAGAGAAAGAGAAAGAUAGAGGGAGAUCUUACUCGCGUCCCUUCGUGUGUUACCUCGUUCCCUUCCACUUCUUCAGAUAUCUAUUUUCAUUAACAGUGCGAUCGUGCUCUACGUUCUACGAAAGAUGAAGUGAAACGUUAAAUACCGGCCCUCGUACGUCGUUCCCCGUUCGUCGUAAACGGAGGGGAAGAAGAGAACAGCAAUCUCUUUCGCGGGGAACGUCCAAGAGUCGGUGCGUCUCGUCGUAUAGAAAAGAGAGAGAAAGUGAGAGAGAGAGAAAGAGAGAGAGAGGAGAUUUAACGCGCGAACGAAGCACCGAGUAAAAUAGGAUUCAAAAGGAAUGCGUCAAGAUGGGAUCCGUCUUCACCCUACGUGGCAUCGUCACCGCUCUUGUCUACGCCUUGUUGCAUCCUGCAAACGAGAAUCUAAAUCGUUCAACUCCGACGAUUCGAGAAAUGUUUACGAGGAUCACGAAAUUGGAGGAACACUGGAAGUUCUUGCCAAAGUAGCUUCGUUUAAUUACACCAAGCCAAAGAAGACACCGGCAUGGCGUAGAAUCGGGUUGGCGAAAAUAACGACAUCCUUAGGAAAUUCGUGAAGCCUCUUAGAGGAUGCGGAAUGUAAAGUUGAAAGCAAGUUUGCAGCAUUCGCCGAAUUCUAAGGCUUUAUUAGCCGUUGAAAGUGUCUACGUCUACCACCGUCUUAGUGAUGGCAGAGGCAGGAGCUGGGCAUGUCCUUCAAUUGGCAUCCAAAACCUUUGGCCGCGCCGUUGGGGGAUGACGUGAAUUUCGAGUGCAACCUCAAUCUUCCACCGGAAAGAUUUCAAUGGCGGCACAGGCCUCUCGGCUCGGACAAGUGGACGCCCCUAGCUCGUACGGUGAACGCGGGUGCUGGAGCCAGGACUGCUGUCGUUGUCAGUUUCGAUGAUAAGUCGAAGGCAGGCGACUACCGCUGCGUAGCUUUUUAUGGCUCCAGUGGAUUGGCGUCCGAUCCGGCUCGUCUGACUUUGUCGACCAUGCAUGAAUUCUCCGACAAGAGUGACAUCGAAUUACGCGUACCGGUUGGUAAUACCGUUCCUAUAACAUGUCCAGUGCCUUACUCCGUCCCGGAGGCGAUAGUACAAUUUUACAAGAACGACAAAUUGAUGCCAGAAGUAGAACUGAUAAACGGUCGAACGAUAGCCAUCGAAAAUGCAAAACCCUCCGACUCGGCGUAUUAUUAUUGCACGGCUAAUAAUUAUAUAACGUCUCAAACCUUAAGGAGCAAUCAUAUGACUAUCUUAAGCGUUCAUGCAAACGCAUCUCGCCAAGCACCGUACUUCUCGAAACAGCCCCAAACCGAGUACACCGUUUUACGUGGCAAAAACGUUACGAUGGAGUGUUUUGCCGCGGGCUAUCCGGUCCCUCGUGUAACUUGGAGCAGACUGGGUGGUACGUUGCCUUCGAGAUCCGUACAAACGAAAGCUGGCUUAACUAUAAUUAACGUGCAACCUUCCGAUCGUGGCGAAUACGAUUGUGCUUGGAGCAAUGGCGUAGCCAAUAAACCACUUAAAUCUGUGAUCAUUUUGAAAGUUGCCGAGGAACCUAGAAUCGUGAAACCACCAAAGGCUUCGACCUUCUCCGAGGGUGGCGAAUUGGAAUUGUCCUGUACGGUUACCGGACAACCCGAACCUACGGUCGAGUGGUUAAUAAACGGCGAAACUUUGGUGCCCGAUAAUAACUUGGAGAUUCGUGGUUCGACCUUACUCAUAUCGGAGGUUGAGAAAAAGCACGCCGGUAUAGUCCAGUGCGUUGCCAGUAACGAGUAUGGUUCCGAUACCGGCUACAACUUGUUGAGGGUCAAUCCAAAACAGCAUGUAAGUGGUAUAUCCGAGUCUAGACCGGAAUAUGGCCUUCCUGGAUCCUCUAGGCACAAACAUACCAGGGGCGGAGGUAGGAGAAGAAGCAAAGAAGGAAAACGUAAAGGGACCGCGGUACUGGUUCCGCCGAAUCAGCCGAACGUUACUCGACUCUCGGACGUUUCCGUCAUGGUUAGAUGGUCUGUACCGGAGAACAAGGGUCUUCCGAUAGAAUUCUUUAAGGUUCAAUACCGUCAACUUGGUCAAAAGAUGAACGGUAAACAGGGCAAGUGGAUGACGGCGAAUACGGAGAUACCUAAUCACGUGCGUUCCUUCGAAGUGACGGACUUGCAGCCCGAUAAUACUUAUAGAUUUAGAAUAGCUGCGGUUUAUUCGAACAACGACAACAAACUGAGCCCAAAUUCGGUGCGUUUUCAUUUGAAUCGUGACGGUGGUUUCGAAAGCAAUAAGAUGCCGAUCCCUUUGCUGACGAAUACCGAGGCUUUGAAUCACAACGAAGUCUUGCUCCUUUGGCAAAAUCUUGACAAAUCAAUGGACAUCGAUGGCUUUUACGUUUAUCAUCGUGCCUCCACAUCCGCCGGGGAUUACGUGAAGACUACGGUCGAGGGAAAAAAUUCUACGAACAUAACGAUAUCUCAUUUACAACCGGACACCACGUACGAAUUUAAAGUACAAAGCUUCUCCGUAGACGCCGCUUCGGAAUUUUCCAAAAUCUUAAGACAGAAGACGAAAAAGGCUCCGGUCGAGCAAGCAGUUCAGCAAGUCGUAGCUGAGAACAAGUUAAAGCCAACAGCGAGCGACAAGAAUGCCAACAUGUACGCAAUUAUCGGCGGCGUCUUUGGUGGAUCCAUUCUCUUGGUCAGCAUCGCGGCUAUUGCGGUGGUUUACAAGAGGACCAAGAUCAAACAGAGUCGUGAAUCCUCUCAAAGCGAAGGGAAGCCAAUAGCAAACGGAAGAGUAACGAACGGAGGUGUGACCGACUCUAAAAUUAACAUAACGUCGAAUCCAUUGGCCGGUCUCGAUGCUUCCGACGAUAUGAUCCAGCCUAAGAGCGGACAGCAAUCGUCGAUGGAAAUGACCUCCUUUCUAAACGGCCAGAACAACAACGGCAACGACCAUAACAACGAGGACUCCGUUGGAAUCGACGUGAACGCUCCCCGUAACGAGCCAGCACCCUUGCAUCAAGGAUCACCGCCUAACGAGCAACCACUAUGAACUUCCCUUUAAUGUGUUCCUUCUGAAAUAUCGUUCUUUCUUCGACCAAGUUCACGUUGAAUUUAAAGAAAGAAAAAAAAGAAGAAAAAAAGAAAUAGGCAGCUUUUACCGAUACGCAAGGUUCUUCCAUGAAAUCGUAUCAGGGUAGUUUUUUUUUUUUUUUCUUUUUCUUUUUUUCCUCUCUUCUUGAUCGUGUAGAAUAUAAUACGAUAAGUUAAACAACUUAGACAUAUCAGAAUCAACACGUUAAUUGCCUAAAUUAAACAAUUUAUCACGUUUAAAAGAAAUUCUUCAAAUUCUAUCGUCGCAUGCACAAGUGACGUUAUUAAUGUAACGAAGUUAAUCAUACAUUAGUAUUGUUGCUUCUACGUUAGAGUAACGCUGGUGCAUGUAAAUCAACGGACAAAUUCGAUUAAAGCUUCGACGAAAGAUCUCUUUUUCAUGUGUUGGACAAUACGUAUGCUCUCUUUCUCUCUCUCUCUCUCUCUCUCUCUCUCUCUCUCUCUCUCUCCUCUUGUGAAUAUUUGAUUAUAUAAAUCGUAAUAAGUUGUAAAUAUAAUUUGAGAUACGUUUUAUCGUCGAACGCCGUCCAAAAUAAAUGCGCUGUGUCUUAAAACAUAUCUGUUCCUUUUAUUCGAAAUUUCGUUUGGAAGCAUCAUUUAUAAAUCUAAUUUAUAUUGUAUCCGUCCUUUGGGCAAUAAUAGUUAGAUCUGAUAACAAAUUAACGUGUUGAAAAGCGAUUUACGUAUAAUGUAUAAGAGAUAAUAAUGAAGAGUGAUUCGUAUUGUAAAGACGCGCAGAAUUAUAUAGCAUAUAGUUAUAUUUUAGAUCUAUAAAUAUCACGACGUAGAUGGACUACGUUUAACACAGUAUUCUUUCUCUUUUGAUACGAUCAACGUUUUUAUAUUCGAAGAGAAAACUUUUUAUUAUAUUUUUAUAGUAAUCAUCUCGACUAAUUUUCUCAAUAGUUUUAAUCAACGUUUGCUUUCCAAGGUAAACCCCAAUUUUGUACGUCACGUUAUAUCGUCGAGGAGAAACAGGUAUCGUACAUCCUCAUUCAUUUAUAUUAAAGAUUUUCAAACGUUGGAUUUAUUCUAUCGACAUUUUUAUCGAGAGAUUACUUUAUAUAUACUCUAUUUACACCUUUUUUAUAUUUGAUAUGUAUAUAUAUAUAUUUUUUUUGUUUCGAUGCAACAUACAAGAUUAAAAUUCACAUCGAAUUCACGAUUUGAGUUCUUGUGCCGGAAUAAAAAGAUACGUGUAUGUGUAUAUAUAUAUAUACACACAUGCAGACAAAACGAACGGAUAAUUUAUCCUAACGUUCAUAUCGAAAUAUUUUACAUACAAAAUGGCAGGACAACAACUGUAAAUAAAAAAUAUAUAUGUAUUAGCGAUCGCAUUAUGCGACGUAAAAUUAUGCGCGAGAACGCCCGUACGUGCACGUGUUCUGUUUUCUUUUUUCCCUUUUUUCUACAUCUUCGUUCUCUUUUUUUUUUUUUUCUUUUUUUUUUGUAUAUACACACCACAUACAUAUUCAGUUUACGUACGUGCUAAUCGUAUGUAUCUUUGCAUAUGCGUGCACGUAUAGGCGUGCGAGCGUACGCGUACGCUUUUAUUUUCAUAAGUGCGAUUAUUUAAAUGUUUAGCUCGUCCGAUACUACUUUGCACGUUUAGAUUCAUUAUUCUAAUACAGUGAUGGGGGACGGACGUUGUACAUAGUAGAAUAUUUGAUGCGUUCAAAGAAAGAAAGAAAAAAAAGAUAGAAAUGUAUGUGCCUUAUAUCUUGCCCGCGUAGAUAAUAAUGCGAUCGAGAUCUGCAGAACGAAGAGUAGCAGUAAUAUUUAUCCUCUAUUCGUAGCUUUAACGCUGUUUUAGUAACGACAAGACGACGAAAAGAGAUUACGAUAUAUUUUUAUCAUCGCAAUGCCAACGCUAUGUUAGACGACGUACUCGAGCUCGUCGUCCUUAGUGUACUUUAAAACACGUUUUAUGUACUUAACAAGAUUUUUUUCUGCAUUUUUUCUUUUCUUUUUUUCUUUUUUCUCUCUCUAAAAAUAAACUCUUUGGAAAAAAGAAAA